AUGUCCUCAAACGAGCGCAAUACAGGUGAUAACAUAAAUAAUGCUUCGAAUAAACUGUCAAGCAACGUCCAAAGACUGGCUUUGAAUAAUGUGACAAAUACGACACUCUCUCAUGAAAACAGCAUCCAACAUCUGAAAGGAACGAAACCGGAUCAGUCGAAACUUUCCUCACAAAAUCUUCCUCAAAAGGAGGAUGUUCUAAGAGAAACGGUUCGGACGCAACCUUCUUUCAGCGAUAAUAAGGAAAACUGCGACCCUUACACAAAGUCGACAGGUAAUUCGAACCCCAGUAUAAGUGAAAUGACCCAAUGCAAUACUCAGGUCGAAAAUGUUCAAACUAUUGCAAGUACCCAAUCGAAUAAUAUUAGUCACAGCAACACAGCUGUUGAAGAAAAACUGAUUGACACAACCAAAAAGAGACCCAUAUCAACUGUCGUAGAACAAGAAGAACCUAAAAAAUUCAAAGUUUGUGACGAGAAUGGCGAAGAGGAAUACAUUUGGGAGGAUCUUGAUGCUGAAGAUGUCAAUGAUCCCUUCAUGGUCAGUGAAUACGUGAAUGAUAUUUUUGAAUAUCUACAUCGUCUAGAAAUUAUAACAUUGCCCAAGAAAGAUGAUCUAUACAAACACAGAAACAUAAGACAGAAUAGGGAUAUUUUGGUAAACUGGUUGGUGAAGAUCCACAACAAGUUUGGACUUCUACCAGAAACACUCUACCUAGCGAUCAAUAUCAUGGAUCGUUUUCUAUGCCGGGAAUUGGUACAACUUGAUAAACUUCAGUUGGUAGGCACUUCAUGCCUCUUUAUUGCAUCUAAAUAUGAAGAAGUCUACUCCCCAAGCAUAAAGCACUUUGCCUCAGAAACAGAUGGCGCUUGCACAGAAGAAGAAAUCAAGGAGGGAGAGAAAUUCAUUUUGAAAACGUUAGAGAUGAAUCUUAACUACCCCAAUCCAAUGAACUUUUUAAGAAGAAUAUCCAAGGCAGAUGACUACGAUAUACAGUCCCGAACGCUCGCCAAAUUCUUGUUGGAGAUUUCAUUGGUAGAUUUCAGGUUUAUUGGCAUGCUACCUUCACUCUGCGCAGCCGCAGCAAUGUUUUUAUCCAGGAAGAUGUUAGGAAAAGGAAAAUGGGAUGGUAAUUUGAUUCAUUAUUGUGGGGGCUACACCAAGACACAACUAGCACCAGUGUGUGACAUGAUUAUGGACUAUCUAACUAGUCCAAUUGUCCACGACGAAUUCCAUAGAAAAUACCAAUCAAGAAGGUUUAUGAAGGCAUCUGUGAUAUCUGUUCAGUGGGCAUUAAAGGUGAGAAAAAAUGGUUACGAUAUUAUGACGUUACAUGAAACCAAUUGA